AGUUGUUCGCCUAACCGUUAUAACCUAACCUUCUUGCUAACUUGCACUGUUGAGUGUUGCAGGGAGAACUCAAGCUUGUUAAGUUGAUUAACAUUGAUUGAAGUAAGAUCUACAAUAGAUCUUCUCUGAGAGAGGCCAAAGUAUGGGGAGUUGGGCCAGAAAACUCUGAAGCAGCUGACUCCUGCCCAAAGGAAGCACAUUCAUGGUCGGGUUAUCGAACAUUGCCCAGCACUGAAAGGUCACACUAGGGAAAUUGACCAAACCCUAUCCAAGUCUCUUCUUGAAAACAGGUGCUACCUUGCAAGAAAAGUACGUUCCUUUUAUUUGUAUGCUUGUUGCCAUUGUUACCCUUUAUCAGGCAAGGAAAACAGGGAAAAGAGAUACUAAAUCCUCCCCAAAGAAAGCUUCUCUCAAGAGUACUACCAGGCCUCCUACCAGAUCAUCCCCAAGAAAGACCUCUAAUCCAGAUACAUCUUGUAUAAAGUCAUCUAGUGCUAAAAAACCGUGUGCGAUGGUGGUGAAAAAUGCAGCUCGGAGGAAGGUUAACAAGGCUCUGGUUGACAGUGUAAAGACCAUGGACAGCAGCAGUGAUAUCGGAACUUCCCAUUUUAAGCCAUGUGACGCUGUCAUUCUGAUCCAUCAGGGAGAAGACGUAGGGAAAGGGUCAUACUUAAAGUAUGUACAGCCAAGUUGGAUUUUCGGCAAUCAUUCCUAACGAUAGUAUUGACUUUGAGGAUAUUUUCUUGCCUGAGAAGAUAGACGCUGAUGCUGAGACCAGCCGAGCUGAGAAGUUUUCUUUCAGUGAAUUGGAAGAGGAUGAUAUAUUUUUAUGGAAAACUGAAAGGCUUCGUUUGGACACUCAUAAUGAGCAAGAAGGCAAGCGAAGAAGAAGAAAACCUAAUAAGUAUAAUGAUACCGAACUAUAAUUAUGAGCAUGGACUAUACAUAUAGCUAGCUAGCUAUACCGUGUACACAAUGUCCAUUUUCCGUUGAGUUUUUGAGCAUGUUAAAUUUUCAUUUUCAAAUCCAUUUUAGCAACCAAUUGAAUUCAGAUGGUAAAUAUAAUAUAGUAUAGUGUAUAGCUAAUUUUCAGAUGGUAGUCAUACUUUGCAUCAGUUGUGUGU